AUGCUCCUCCCUGUGAACAUCAUGUCUAAGGUUGAAGAGAUCAAGAGCACCGAGGCGCCCCCUAGUCCGCCAGCUGGGGGCGUCUUGGAUGAGAAAACGCCUUAUCAACAGCAUGACCAUGACCGCCACAAUGACCAGCUUCCCAGCAACGAGACAGUGGAGAAUGAUUUUAACGUCACAGAUCUUGAUCUCAAGGAGGCCCAGGAGCUCGCCGGUCGCAUGAGUUUGGAAGAGGUUCGAGCUCUUAUGAGCAAUGUUUUGAAGAUCCACGAAGAUGACCCCAACUUUCCAUUUGCGAUCAUCCAGAGAAUCAAGACAUUCCUUGGUAAUGAUAGUGUGUUUGAAAAUCCGGAGAAGUAUGAAGACCUCAUCUACGAGAUGAAGCUCGAAGCUGCAUUGAUUACCAACAACAGUCCGUACUCUGAGGUGCGAGCUGUCGUCGACAAUCAUGAUGACCCAAGCGUCCCAUGCUCUACAAUUCGAGCCUGGAUCAUUGGACUCGGCUUUUCUAUUCUACUUGGCUUUAUCAAUCAGCUUUUCUCUAUUCGGCAGCCCUCUAUCACCAUUUUGGCCAACGUUGCCCAGUUACUGUCAUUCCCUAUCGGCAAGGCAAUGGAGAAAACUCUACCGGAUUGGGGUUUCACCUUGUUCGGCACCCGCCACAGCCUGAACCCUGGCACCUUCUCGAAGAAGGAGCAUAUGUUGAUCACCAUUAUGGCCAAUGUUGCUUACCAGACCCCCUACACAAAUAACAUCAUUUGGUCGCAGUAUCUCCCGCAAUACUUCAACCAGUCUUACGCUGGCCAGUUUGGCUACCAAAUCCUAAUCGCUCUGUCCACCAACUUGAUCGGUUAUGGUUUGGCUGGCUUGACUCGCCGCUUUCUGGUGUAUCCGGCAUACUGCGUGUGGCCUGCUUCCCUGGUCACCAUUGCUUUGAAUGCAGCCUUCCACACAGAGACUAAUUUGGCGGUUGAGGGUCCAUUCCGGUCCUUCUGGAGGGUCUCUCGUCUGAAGUUCUUCCUAUUUGGCUUUGCGGCUAUGUUCGUGUACUUCUGGUUCCCUAACUACAUCUUCCAGGCCCUUAGUCUUUUCUCUUGGAUGACUUGGAUCGCGCCGAAGAAUCAACAUCUUACCAACAUCACUGGUUUCGCGAAUGGCCUUGGUCUCAACCCGUGGCCUACUUUUGAUUGGAAUAUCUUAUUGUUCGACAACACUGACCCUCUCAUGAUCCCAUUCUUCUCGACCCUGAACAAGGUCAUCGGCGCGUUCUUCUCUUUCUUCACAAUUAUCGGUCUAUACUACACCAACACAUAUUGGACAGGAUACUUGCCCAUCAACUCGAACCGUGUCUUUGAUAACACAGGCCAACUGUACAAUAUCUCACGAGCAAUUGAUAGCAGAGGUAUCUUCGACGCUGAGAAGUAUGAAGAUUACUCGCCAGCCUACCUCGCAGCUGGAAACCUCUCUGUUUACCUCUUCUUCUUCGGUGUAUACCCUGCUACUCUGGUAUAUGCCUACCUCUAUCAUCGGUAUGAGAUUGUCACGGGCUUUAAGAACCUCAUCAACAGCUUCCGCAAGAAGAAGGAUACAGAGAUUGGCCAGUAUCAAGAUGUCCACAAUCGCCUUAUGGCCAAAUACCCAGAGGUUCCCGAGUGGCACUACCUGAUUGUUGUGGUUUUGGCCAUCGCUUUCGGCAUUGGCGGUAUCGCUGGUUGGGAGACAUACACCACACCUGGUGUCGUGUUUUACGGUAUCAUUCUUUGCUUGAUUUUUGUUGUCCCUGUUGGCAUAAUCAAGGCUAUGACUGGUAUCGAGAUCACAUUAAAUGUGUUGGCUGAGUUCAUUGGAGGAUCUUGGGUGGAGGGUAACGCCCUCGCGAUGAACUAUUUCAAGUCGUUCGGCUACGUGACUUGUGCCCAUGCUGUGUGGUUCGCCAACGACCUGAAGCUGGCCCAUUACAUCAAGAUUCCGCCCCGUCAGACAUUCUGGGCACAAAUGAUCGCCACGAUUGUGUCCACCUUCGUGUGCACUGGCGUGUUGAACUUUCAGAUGAAUCAAAUUGAGGGCGUAUGCACACAACACGCGGCAAAUCACUUCACCUGCCCCGGCAUCAACACCUUCUUUACCGCUGCCGUGCUUUGGGGCACCAUCGGCCCGAAGAAAGUCUUCGGUGCUGGUGGCCAGUACACCGCGUUGCUUGUGGGUUUCCCGCUUGGUGCGAUCCUCCCUAUUGUCUUCUGGGCCCUCCAACGCCGCUACAAGAACGUGCGCUGGCUGCGGCAGAUGCAUCCCGUUGCUAUGCUGUACGGCGCCUUGACGUGGGCCCCGUAUAACCUUAGCUACAUGAUACCCGCCUUGCCGAUCGCGUGGUUCUCCUGGGUCUACACGAAGAACCGCUACCUUGGCUUCUGGUCUAAGUACAACUUCGUGCUGUCAGCCGCAUUCAGCUCAGGAAUCGCAAUUGCCGCCAUCAUCAUCUUCUUCUCGCUCCAGUGGGCCGAGAUCAGCAUCGACUGGUGGGGCAACAAUGUUGUCAGCCAGGGCUGUGAAGGUGAUGCUUGCACUUUGAAGACUCUCGCCGAUGGAGAGUUCUUUGGUCCCGGCCCUGGCCACUUCCACUAA